CCCCGUGCCGCCUAGCUUUGGCGACACGGGGGUAGAAACCCUAGCGCCGCCAUAGUCCUCACCCCCUCCCCCACCUGUCUCGCCGCCGCCAGAGGGCGCCCGCCGGCGAAGCCCGGGCCGGCCCCGAGGAAGGCGGUGGCGGGGCGCUAUCCCUGGCCAGUCUGGCGCGUUGAGAGGGGCUGCAUCACAGCGCGUCCAUGGAGAUCCGCCGGCGCUUGCUGGAGCCUGGGAUCUGUGGUUUGCGCGCCCAGAUCCGUGCAUUUCGCGUCCGUGGCUGCGCGGUGGAGGCGCCUGGCCGCGUGCUCGUCCAACGCCUGGUGCGCGCGCCCUUGGCUGCGCGUCGAUGGGGUUGGGCAUGGUCACUGCUGCGGGGAUGCCCAGGGGCGGCGCAGACGUGCGCGUCGUCGUCGCAGGGUGAUGCUGGGGGACGCGGGCUCCCCUAGCUGGUGGCCUCUGGCCUGAGCGGCCAGAUCUGACGGGCCAUGUCGGUCAGAUCUGGCGCUAUGGCGGCCGGAGGUGGCUCGGCCGGCGACUGACGCCAAGCGGACUGUGGUAGCCCCCUGUCGGGAUGGUGGUCUGGGGUGGCGUGGUCUGGGCUGUGCCUUCGGGACGCUCUAGGCUUGUGUAGCCAGCAGUGCUCCUGCUAGUUUUGUGCGGUGCAGCAAGUGGCGCCUGCUGCUCCGGUUUGGUGGUGGUGUGUUUGGCGAAGUCAUCGCAGCAUAGGUGCUCGGUUUCCCUGACGGAAGUCAUGCUCGACUCUGGUUUGAGCUGAUGGCAAAUGACGCCUUCGGGUGUGAUUUCCCUUGUUGGAGGUGCCAUCAAGGGGGUCCGACACCUCUCCCUGCUCCGUGUUCUUGUCUCCUGGUGAAAACCGUGUGCAAUGGUGGCGUCUUUGCCGUCAUUACUUUGUUGGAAGCAUUGCCUUGGAGUCAAGUCUGGUGUUGGAAGCAUCUGCUUGGUGGUGGUGUGGUGGAUCUGGAGCGGGCAGCGUCUUGGUGAGCAUGGAGCAUUGGUGGUGAGUCCGUUUGGAGUGGAUCAUCGGUCGACGGUCGCCAUGGUUGGAGAGUGGCAACCACAAAACGGCCAAGUGCAUGAUGAGAUCGACCUCAGCAUCCCAGUCGAUGACAAAGACUUGAUCUGGAGCAACACGGGCACGAUGGAUGAUGAUGAAGAUGUUGCUACCGCGGAUGAAGGUAUUACUGAUGCCGGGAGUGCUAGUCACAUGAGGAAGAGGGGCAGGCAUGCAAACCGCCAAAUUCAGGAACUUGAAGCUAUGUUCCAGCAAUGUCCCCACCCCGAUGAGAAUCUACGUAUCGCCCUCAGCAAGAAGGUGUGCAUGGAUCCUCUUCGGGUCAAGUUCUGGUUCCAGAAUCGACGCAAUGCAAAGAAGAACCAGAAUGAGCGUCAACAGAACAUGGUGCUCCGGACGGAGAACAUUAUGCUAGAAGAAGAGAAUCGAGCCAUGAAGGCCGCAAUACUGAAGAAGACCUGCCCCACAUGCAAAGGCCCGAUGGUGUUCUUUAGGCCGCUGACCCCGGAGCUGCGGCGCCUACACAUGGAGAACGCGAGGCUUAAGGCCGAACUCCUCCACAGGACGGCCUACCUCCACGGUGUCUCUGCUGGAACUGCAGGCUCGUCACGGAUUCUCUGCGAUCUCAACGUCGACCCCGUCAUGCCGCUUCCGCUACGCCAGGACGAUCUCAUGGCGGACACCAUGGGUCACUGUGCUCCCGGCGGCUGCGCAUCCGCCGCCGGCGGCCCGGAGCACGCCGCGCUUGAGAGGCACGUCCUCGCUGCACUCCGCGAGCUCAUGAUGCUGAUGAAGCAGGGCGAGCCAAUGUGGCAGCCGGCAGCCCUGGGCGGCGAGGUGCUCGACCACCAGCUGUAUCGUGCGACCACGCUCCCAGGCUUACUCGAGCUUCCCCCGCCGGGGUUCACGGCGAAUGGCACUCGGGACACUGGCUUGAUUAUGUGCACUGGAGCCGACCUUGUCCGCAUCUUCAUGGACGAGAACUGUUGGUCUGAGACGUUCCCCGAUAUCGUGGCAAGUGUUUCCGCCGACAACAUCGGCCACGGUUGUAUCUGCCAAGGGGGAGUGAUACUGAUGAAGGCAGGCCUUCGGGUGCUGUCGCCAGGGGUGUCGAGUUGCGAUGUGAAGUUCGUGAGGCAAUGCCAGAUGAUAGAGCAAGGCGUUUGGGCCGUGGUGGACGUGUCUCUUGAUGCCAAUGGCACAUCUGAGCUCAGAGCAUGGAACACUGGCCUACCGGGGGCCUGCCGGGUGCUGCCAAGUGGGUGUCUUAUCAAGGACAUGAACAAUGGCUACUGCAAGGUGGCAAUGAUCGUGAACGCGGAGUACGACAAGGGCUUCAUGCGGCCGCCGCUCCACCCGCUGCUGAGCUCAGGGCACACCUUCAGCGCACGCCGCUGGCUGACAUCGCUCCAGAGGAGGUGCGAAUUCCUUGCGCAGCGCUUGAGCCCCGCCUAUGGCAUCAGCAGGGCAGCAGGUGGUGCUAUAACGCCCGAGGGGCGAAACAACGUCCUGGAGCUGGCACGGAGGAUGACGGAGAGCUUCUAUGUAGCCAUCUCUGCGCCCAGGGGCGAGGCGUGGCGCAAGGUCGCCGACUCGCGCGGCAGCUGCGGAGUCGGCGGCGAGUCCUUCCAGCUGGCCAUGCACGUGGUGACUCCGCUCGCUGCACCUGGAGAGCAGGCGGCCGGGCUCGUGCUGUGCGCUACCACGACGGCGUGGCUCCCCGAGAUACCGCCGCAGCGCGUGUUCGACUACAUCUGCGACGUGGAGCGCCGUGGCGAGUGGGACGUGCUUGCCGAGGGCGCACGCGUGCAGGAGGACGCUUCCCUUGCCACGGCCCAGUUCCCUCUUACCGGCGUCUCCAUCCUUCGCCCCACUGUAAUGGGUCGUGGUCGUGGUGGAAGCAGCUGCAACAAGAAGCUCAUCCUGCAGCAGGCUUGCGGCGACGCGCCGUGCAUGGUGGUGGCGUACGCUCCGAUUGACACGGCAGACCUGAAGGACGUGAUGCAUGGGGGCAGACGUGCCUCUCUCUCCCUGCUGCCCUCCGGGUUCUCCAUCCUUCCUGACGGCGUCGGCGACAUACAGACGGAUCCGCUUGAUGCCAACCCCUCCGCGGUCGACCCCAUAGACCACCAGAGGAGCUGCGGAUCUCUCGUCUCUGUCCUGCGGCAGACUCACCUGAUUGGAGGGAACCUCACCGCACAGACCGUCGACAACUUCGGGAAUAAUGUCUCCGGUUCCAUCAUGAAGAUCAAGGAUGCGGUCCAUGCCAAGAGGGUUAUGACCGUCUGAUGCGCCUUCUACCAUUUCCGGUUCAUAAUAAGAAUAAGCACUCAGAAGAGAAACUGAGAAUAAAUUUGUGGACUUCGUUGCAAAUUUUAUUUCAAUAAUUGCUACAUUGUAGACAUUGAACUGCACCAAUGGGUUGUUUGUUUUCCAAAUGAAUUUAUGAAUCAC